UUGCACUUAGGCAAGGCUGCAAAAAAUAAAUAAAAGCAUCGACAUAUCAAUGUUUUGGAUAUUUCAUUUCUAUAAAUUUGUUUAACAUAUAUAGACGAAACUAUUUUCAUUUUGCGUGCAUAAAAAUACUGUGAGAAAAUACCCUUGUGUGAUAGGGAAUGUCAAUGCACCUAAAAAGCAUACAAAUGACGCUUGUUGGUCUUGCUGCUCGUAAACUUUCUAUAAAAAAGCGUAAUGCCACACUGGCGGCUGCUUUCCCAAAUGGUGUACGUUGUCAGAAAUGCUUACAACUUGGGCACUGGUCUUAUGAAUGUAAAGAGAAACGUAAAUAUGUGCAUCGGAGUUCACGUACCAAACAACUUAAAAAGCGCCUGGCUGAAAAAGUAAACACUGAAAGUAAUGACAGUGGCACAACUAGCGCAUUAACAAAAUCGGCAAAAGCAAAGCGUUCAAAGCGUACACGAACUUCUUCCGGAUCUUCAGCAGGCGAUGCAUCGAAGGGAUCAAAUUCAGACACACAAUCUUCCUCAGGCUCAAACCAUAGUAGUUCGUCGGAUUCAGACGAAGAUUCUUCUAGUGAUAGCAGUUCUUCAGAUUCAGAUAGUGAUAGUGAUAGUAGUGAUACCGGUUCUGGCAGUGAUUCUAGCGAAUCAGGCACAAGUAAUUCGAGCGAUUCAAGCGACUCAUCCAGCUCCGAUGAGGCACCAAAAAAGAAAAGAAGCCGACGCACCUCUAGUUCAUCCAGUGAUGAUGACAUUUGAUUGAAACAUUAACAAGACAAGACAUAUUCUGAGAAGAACCAUAAUUAGCUUUAGUAGUAUAAGUUGGUAAUGCAAAACACUGAUGUUAUAUUGUUCUGAUCAUACAGAUGUAUUUAUAUAGGUAAACAAUUAUUUAGUCACACAGUAAACUUGCAGGAUAUUUCAGUUAUAUGGUUUUCCUUAAAACCAUAGAUUAUACCGGGUAAAAAUUACUAUAAUAAUUGAUGUAUAAUUAUCCAACUUUAAACUACUUGUAUACAUACACUCCAAAUGAUUUCAUUUCUUCCCUUAUUGUUUCAAACUAUAAAUGUGUGUAUGUAUUUUUAUUUAGGUUGAAAUCUCACAAUGUUAGAUAUUACAUUAUUCAACUUAGUAAACAUCAGCUAAAUAAAUAGAAAAAAACGAAUUUGCAUA